AUGUCACUGCCUUCGUCGCUGUCGUCCGUGGCAUCGCGCUCACGGUUGCAGGUUGUGCAGCGCGGGUUUCUCACGCGCCGCGGGGGGCGUCACGUGACGCGGGCCGCCGUUGUUGUAGAGUACCGCCCAGCAGAGCGGAAGAAAAUCAGCGACGGCAAUUGCCAGCGUGUGAUUGACGCCGAGGCCCUGCACGGCGAUGAACAGCUCUUUUGGGGAGCACGACGCGAUUACUAUACCAGGCGGGCGCAGUACUUUCCCACUUGGGAUCGGUUUGCACAGACGCUCAUUCUCAUGACGCGACAUGUGCCACGUGUACCGCAGGAAAUGGCGUUUCGUCUCAUGGCAGUGUUUUUGAAGUUGAUGCUGCUCCCGCGGCUUGCGAUGAACACUGAGUUGAUGCUGCCGUCGUGGGUCACAAAAAACGCGGAGGGUAUCAUCGCGCAGGCUGUAGGAGACAAAGAGAAUAGAGACGGGAACGACGCGAAGAAUGCAGGCAACAAAGAUGCCACGAUGGAGAAGGAGAAGCCCAAGAAGGGGUGA